AUGAGGAAAGUCCCAGCCCCUCCCAGGUGCCAACCUCCACUGAGAGCCCAAGCGAAGGUGAGAAUUUUGGUGGAGUUCCUGAUGGAGAAAAAGCCCAUAAGGAAGGCAGACAUGUUGAAGAUUGUCAACAAAAAGUGCAAGCUGCACUUCCCUGAGAUCCUGAGGAGAACUGCUGAGUGCUUGGAGCUGGUCUUUGGUCUUGAAUUGAAGGAAGCCAACACCAGUGGUGUUUCUUAUGAGCUCAUCAGCAAACUGGGUAUCAGUAGUGCAGGGAUUUUAAGUGGUGACAUGGAGAUGCCCAAGGCAGGGUUUCUGAUGAAUAUCCUAGGCGUGAUCUUCAUGAAAGGUAACUGGGCCACUGAGGAGGAGACCUGGGAAUUCCUGAAUGUGUUGGGAGUCUAUGCUGGGAGGCAGCACUUAAUCUUUGGGGAGCCCAAGAAGCUCCUCACUAAAUGUUUGGUGCAAGAAAAUACCUUGAGCAGGCAGGUGCCCAACAGUGAUCCUCCAUGCUAUGAAUUCCUGUGGGGUCCAAGAGCACAUACUGAGACCACCAAGAUGAAAGUCCUGGAGGUUUUGGCUAAGAGCAAUGAUUGCGUGCCUAGUGCCUUCCCUGAUCUGUAUAAGGAGGCUUUGAGAGAUGAAGCAGAGAGAGCCCAUGCCAAAGUUGCAGCCAGGGCUAGAAAUCGUGGCAUGGCCAGGGCAGGUUCCAUGACAAAGUCCACCAUCUCAUCCCAUAUCCAGUAA